GCUCACACGUCUCAUCCCACUUCUUUUCUACCCAGUCUCACUCAUGUUUGCUGUGGAUGAGGAGACUCCUGACCCCCGAACAAAGCAGCAAGUGAAAGAGCGGAAAAAAGUCUUGAUUGCCCAUUUGGACAAAUUGAUGUCUGAACUUCAUGAUGCCGGUGAAGAUGUUGAGGCUCACGUCCGGAGCCUGUACGAUUUAAGAGCACUACAUGAUGCUAUUGAAUCGUCUGUCACAGGCACCAACGUCGUUCAGGUUCAAGAGAUACUAAUCAAGUGCCGACAGGCACUUGAUAAGUAUAUCAUGGAUCAACUCACUCAGAUUGUUGGACAGAAAGAAGAAGAAGAAAGGGUCGUGUCUGAAGAGACUAUGGAUGAGAAUAUCAGACAACUUGAAGAAGCACUAGAAAAAGAGAAGAAGAGGAAAGAAGAAUUGAGGAAGAAGAAGAUUGAACAACAAGAGCAAAAAGUUCAAGAGGUUAGACAAACUGUUGUUAAAACUGAAGGGGAAGAACAAGAAAUUUCCUUGGCUCAGCUUGUGAAUUACCUUGCUCACUUGGAACUGAAAAUUGAUCAGUUUGGCGAAAGGAUGCAGUCACAAAUUGAUGAUGUGGCCUCAGGGUUUCGGACAAUCACGAAUUUGGUCAAGGGAAAGGAAAAGGUCAAGGAAGAAAAGACUGAAAAGACAGAGAAACUCAUGGGAGAUGCCAUGAAGUCUCUCAAGGUAGAAACAAAGAAGACGGAAGAGAAACCAGAAACAAAGAAAGGGGAGCCUUCGAGUCCGUUGUCUUCUCCACCCAACUCCCCUCCUUCCUCUCCACCUCCAAAGUCUUCUUCUCCGAAGCCACAGGACAAAGUAACGACUCCGAAGAAACCAAAGAGGAAAAAAAAAGUUAAAAUGAAAUUGCCUUUCACGUUCUGUAAUAAGAAAGACGAAAAUCUGCUUUUGUGGAUCGCAGAGAUUCAAACGUACUGUGGCACGGCCCCUGUCGAACGCGAAUCCCAGGUUGCUUUCUCUACUUCUUGUAUUGGUGGGGAAGCUAAGGAGUGGGUUUUGGCCGAAGCCAAUGCCGCAGGGUUCGAUGACAUCGGGGAGUGGGCUGGAACAUUGAACCUCAAACAGUUCCUUGGGAAGAUCAAGGAACGGUUUUUGAACAAAACGACGGCCGACAAAGCCUUUGACCAGCUCACCACAAUUGGUCAAAAGCAUUGGACCUUUGUGGAGUCGUUAUCCCGGGAAGUUGAUCGGUUGCUGCAGGUUUCCGGAUUGAACCUGCAAGACAACCAGGUCUUGUACAUCUAUUCCCGAGCUCUGCCCGAGCCCAUUCGUGGACAACUCGUGGCAGAGUCUAAGUCUGGUAAGUAUAACUAUAGGCAAUUUCGGGAUUUGGCUCUCCAACGAGAGCAAAUGACCUCUCAUGUGAAGAACUCUUAUGCAUCUGUUGUUAAGUAUGGUGGUGGUGCAGGAACAAGAAAGCGGGUAUUUUGGCGCCAAAAGCGCCAUGACCACACCCUUGUCGUCUUCGAUGACGAAACUGUGGAAAGGUGGUCGUUGGAGGCCGAGGGUGUGGCAAACAGCAGUGAUUCCAGGAAGGGGGAAGUCACUGCUGCCGUAGUCAACAGGGGAGGACCACGACCGCCAGUCAAGAAGAAGAAGCCACGCUCGUUCCCAGAGCACCCCGGGAUUGCGGCUGGGAAGCCUUGGAAAAAGAUGGGUCUGUCACGAGAAAUGUGGCAGGAACGAAUGGACAACGCGCAGUGCCUGAAGUGUGGCAUUGCAGGGCAUGUGAUUGCAUGGUGCCCGUUGAUCCGAAACCCCAAAGCGAGCCGCCAGUAGGAGUAGCAUAUCCUCCUACUUAGUCUAAGGGUUUGGAACAAGAAGAAGGUAAGGCACCUACUAGCCCUUCCAACCCUUUGACUCGCAUGGCAGAGGAUGGUUCUUCUUCGGCCCAUCGUCCAGAACACCCUGAACCUGUCUUAUGUUCUAUCUCUCAAGACGACUCCAUUGACGAGCUUGGUAACGAGUUGCUGGCAUUACGAAGCUCGUGGGCUAAGAAAGCUAAGUCCAAGGGCGACCUACUACCCGCGGAUGUAGAAAUCGCACGUACACGCAUAGGUGCUCUGUUGGACUCAGGAUCCACGCGAUCCUAUAUAUCCGAGAAAGCAAUCCGCAAAUUGCAUCUCGAAAUGAAGGCAAAAGAUUUUUCUAGACCUAUCACAUCUGUUAUGGCUAACAAAAGCACGAUCACUGU